UCAGCUGGGUUCGUUUCUCCUUCCGCCCAUCGGGCACCGGGCAAAGCUAAAAGAGUCCGGGGGCCCGGUGCCGCCUGUCGCGGACGGGCGGGCUCGGGGCGGUCCCUCAGCCACGGCGGCUGCCGGCAGGUAAGGUUCCCUACAUUCCAAGAUGCCGCGCUACGGGAAAAUUAUUGUCAUUAAAAGGAAUGGGACUGAUGGAAUUGUUUUUCCACUCACCUCGGCUUCUUGUUUAUUCGGAAGGAAAACAGAGUGUGACAUCCGCAUGCGACUGCCCUGGGUCUCCAACGAGCACUGUAAAAUCGAAAUAAAUGAGAACAAGGAGGCAGUACUGACUAAUUUGAGCGCAGUAAACCCCACACAGCUGAAUGGGGUUUGCUUUGAGCAGCCUGUUCCUCUGAAGCACGGGGAUGUCUUGACUAUUAUCGAUCGUUCUUUCAGAUUUGAAUAUCCACUCCAGUCAACUCCAAAGAAGAGGUGUUCCAGGUCUCCCAAAGAUGAAACUCUGCAGGUUCUUCAUGUUCAGCAGGUGGCAGAAGUGGAAUUAUUACACAAACAAACUUCAGGAUCUAAAAGUCUUGGUGCUUCAGAUAAUGCUGAAUGUGAAGAAAAAAUUGUCAAUGAAAAUAAACAAACCACAGAGGAAAAUGUAUCCAAAGCUUUACCUGUCAAACCAAAAACACCCAAACCUUCACACAGAAUACACCAAGUUAUUAAAAAACAAAAUGAGAUGUCUCCCUUUACUAAUCUCUAUGAAAAGCUGAAACGUGAGAUACAAAUGAAAGAAUCUGUGCAAAAGGGAAAUGACUCCCAACAAGCUGCAAGAGAAGGUGGGGAGAGUGUUGUGCCAGAGCCAAGUGCUCAGAUUUCAUCCCCAGAUUGUGAUCUGGGCAGCCUGAAUAAAGGAAAAGAAAGAGGCAGAAGUGGAAAUAUGGAAGAAUGUGUAAUUGUAAGAAGUGAAGUGAACCCCUCAGGGUUUCAGCAGCUGGCAGCUGGAGGAAGUGCACCCAGGAGGAGUUUUCCCAGGAGGAGUUUUCCCAGAAGUCUUCAAAAUUCUUUUUUGCAGGAGGUGUUGAGAGAUACCAGUCAGAGUCGCUUGCAAAACCCUGAGGAACUGAGUACACCAGUCACAUCUAAAGGUGCCAAGGUUACUCCCAGCAAGGAGAAUGGUGAGAAUUCCCUGUUUGCACUGCAGCAGUGCUCCAUAGAACGCUUGGAUUCUUCAGUUAGGGAGAAAAUACACAUCUCUACAACUCACACCCCAAAGGUUUCUGAAGCAGAUAAACAUGUACUGUCCACACCAAGGCCCAGGAGGAAGAGCCCUCGGUCUCCUUCCAAGGAAAUCACUGGAAUGAAUCCUGUGAAUGCUGAUACUCCAACCACCCGCCGGCGUGUGUCACUGAAACCCAAGCGUCUGUCAGAAAUUCCAGCUGAAACUCCAAGGGAAGGUUCAGACAUCACUCAACUGCCUUUCCCAGAAAACAAAUCCAUGAAACAAAGACAAAAUAGCAAGGGACGCCCAUCAGGAACACCUGCACAAGAAGUGCUGAAGGAAAUCAGUGAUCAGGCAAACUUUAACUCAGAGGUGGGACUUUCUGAAAGUCCUGCUGCUUUCUCCAGUUCCAAGAGUCCCAGAAGAAACAGCAGGCAAAGUAAAGAAUUAGACAAAAGUGUCCAUACAGAGACACUGGCUUUGGAAGAGUUAAUGGCAUCUCCUGCUGGUCAGACACCUGGAUCUGGGAGGAAAAGGGGAAGGCCAAGGAGCUCUGAGAGGAAAAGGGAAAGGCCAAGGAGCUCUGGAAUGCUGACUGAAACAGCACUGGAGACAAACACUGUGCAAGAACAUCCUGGUAAGACUAGAGACAGAAAAGAGAGUGGAACUCCAGCAGACCUGGCCAUGGAGGGGCAUCACCAGAAACAAGACUUGAAAGAUGCUGGUGAUAUUAGACCACGUGGGCUGUCAGCAAAGAGAGGUUCUGGAAGUGCUCCUAUGCUGGAAGAAAACAAGGCUGUCCCAGAAAAAAAUACUUCUGGCCUGUUGGGUGGAGAAGACUCGGGCAAGACAAAAAGGUUGUCUCAGAAGAGGAAAAGUGAUGAUUUGCUCCUUCAGACUUCAGGAAAAAGAAAGAGAGUGUCUUUUGGUGGCCAUCUGAGUCCAGAACUUUUUGAUAAAAGUUUACCUCCCAACUCUCCCCUUAAAAGAGGAGCUCUUCCUGCCAGGCUGAGCUUGCCCUAUGGAACCUCACCUCGUGCUGUGCUGAAAAAGGCUCAGGGAUUGAAGCUCUUCACAGACCAGGAAGAACAAAUGUCACAAAGAAGUUUGCCAGCCCAGAAGUCCCCAGCUGCCUCCUCCCCUUCCUCAGGGAAGGCAGCACCUCAAGUUCCUUCAGGCUCUCCAGCCCCUUACAGAAAAGGGCGUUUCUCCAUUUCCCAGCUCCCGGCACCACUCCCAAUCCCAGAGGAGAAGGAUUCUGGUGCACAGGACCUGAAUGCAAAGGAGAAAAGUGGUGUGAGAGUGAAAACACCUCAGUCUUCCCUCAUUAACCAAGAUGACAAAACCUUUGCAUCAGCUACACCUGCCAAAGUAACCAGAAGUGCCCAAGUGGAUUUGAAGGGCACUUCCACGAAGAGAAGGAGCGGGGCUGUGGGAGUUCUCCAUGCAAAGAGAAGAAGUGGUGCCUCCUGUGCUAAUUUAUUGGUUGCAAAAUCUUGGGCAGAAGUGGUAAAAUUGGGUGUUGCAAGACCACAGUCAAAGACUUCUAAGAAAAGUGUCCAAAGAGGAAGAUCCCUAAAGAGGAUAAAACAGCCACCAAAGACUACAGAGAGGAAAAUAAAAGGUCACUUCAGCACAGGUCAUGCUGAGUCACCUGCUACAAUAGUUGUAGGUAGAGCUUACUCCACCACGCUCAGAUCAACUGGACGGGUCCCUAAAGUGGUAAAAAAUCCCAUCCUGAAGCUCAACAUGAAUAUGGAUGAAAGCUUCACAGGAGUGCCUGAAAUGUUUCAAACUCCGGAAAAUAAGAGUGAGAAAACAUUACCUUUGGCUGCUGCUCAGAGUGCUGAUUUUACACCAACCUGUGCUGCAGGGGACAUUUCUGACUUGCACACCCCUGAAGAAUCUGGAGAGAUGAUGGUGUCACCCUUAAAUAGUUCAGAUGCUUCAGAACAGAAACAAGAGAGUCCAGGCAUUUGUCAGUUGCUGAGAGAGAAGUCAUCUCUAAGCUCUGUGUUUGAUGAAAUAUCCACAAAAACUCCUGAAAAAAGAAAAUCUGUGCAAGAAGAUAAUAUUAAUGUGGAUAGUUUAUCAAUCAUUCCAGAAAGACAAGCAUCUCUGGUGAAAUCAGGAAGGAAAAGAAGGACUCCAAAGCAGAAGUUGGAGCCAGUUGAGGUCACGUCAGGCAUCAAGGAGAUUUUAAGGACCCCAGAGCAAGGGUCAGAGACAGUAGAGUUCUUUUCUGGCAUCAAGCAGCUCUUGAAGACCCCAAAGCAGAACACAGAGCCUGCAGAGGCUUUGUCAGGCAUCAGGCGGCUCAUGAGGACCCCGAAGCAAGAAUUGGAGCCUGUAGAGGCUUUGUCAGGUAUCAGACGGCUCAUGAGGACCCCGAAGCAGGAAUUGGAGCCUGCAGAGGCUUUGUCAGGCAUCAAGCAGCUGCUGAGGACCCCGCGGCGGAAGCCAGAACCAGUGGAGGACCUGUCUGGCAUUAGGCAGCUCAUGAGGACCCCACAGCAAGAGCCAGAACCAGUUACAGAUGAAAUUGCCCUUAAAAGGUUGCUGAAGACCCCAAAACAGAAAUACUCACCAGUUGAAGACAUGGUUGGGAUCAGCCGCAUUUUCAAGACACCGAAGGAAAAAGUUCAACCCAUAGAAAACAUGUUUGGUAUCAGCAGAUUGGUGAAGUCUCCCAGACAGAAGAAUCAACCAGUUGAGGAUUUUGUGGGGCUGCAAAGGCUCAUGGCAGAGCCCAGGCAGAAACGUUCUGAUGGUGAAGUGGACUAUGCUGGAAUGACAGAAAUGUUUGAUAUACCAGAGGAAAUGGAGGUCAGAUCAGUAAUGGAUUCUCAGCAAGAUUCUGCACCUCCUUGUUCUAAUUCCAGUCAUAAACAUGAAAAUAAAGGAAAUAUUCCCCAAGGUGAAAAUACUCCACAAAAGGAAUCAACUAGUGCGGAUCAGUCUCCCCAGAGACCAAGAAGGGGCAGGCCAAGGAAGACUGUUCAUCAUGCUGCAGCAAAGCAGAGUGAAAAGGAUGUGAAUUUAAAAGAAUUGCAAAGUCUGGAUACCUCCAGCACCCAAGAGGAGAUGAGAGCAAUCACACCUGAAAACAAAGGAAGAGGAAGGAGAACAAAGCGUUGCCUACAAGAGGUUGUUUCGAAGCACCCUGAUCAGGAACCACAUGGAGCUACUCAAAGACCAGGAAGAGGUAAAAGGAGAGAACUGAAGGAGUUGAAACAUCCAAGUGAGACUCUUGAGUCUGGUGUUGAAGGUUCUUCAGUGCUACCAGAAGAGCCUGCAAAUAUGAAACAGCCCUUGCAGGAGUGUGGUGUCGAUGACAUGUUAGAAACUGGAGAUGAUCCAACCAAAAAGACAGGACCUGGUGACAUUCAGAAGGAAAAUUGUCAGCUGCAAACAGGUGUAAAUGAACUUGAUAGCAAAUCUAAUGACAGUGGUAUAGAAGACAGUGGAGAAGUGCUUCUGUCACCCAGGAAGAGGACCAGAGGAGUAGAAAACACAGAACCACCGAUUCCACCUAAAAGAGGACGAAGGGCUAGAAAUGACCAAGUUAAACAAGAUCCUUCAGCAGAACUUCAUGGAACAACAAGGAGGCUUCGUAAAGACCCACCAGCAAAGGUUCUACAAAGAGAUGAAUGGACUUUUGACAAGGAUUCUGAGGCUGUCACAGCAGAAGAACCUGAAAAGGGAACAGAACUUGAAGUACAGGUAACAGAGAAAAGAGUUAAGUCUUUAAGAAGUACUAGAAACAGAAAGCACUCAGCUGAAGGAAAAGCAAACACUUUUGGGGUCACACAGGACAUUCAGAAAACUGAGGAAACAUCAAAUCAAACUGAAGCACAACUACACAUCAAGAAUGAGAUGGAAGUAUCUCAGGGAUCUGAAACAGAAAAUGCUCAGGAAAUUACAACAGAGGCAUCUCAAAGAUUAAAGACAGAGUCACCAUCUUGGGAGACAAACAAACUGCCAGUCACUGCUGUGAACUUGGAAGCAAACAGAAGGGCAGCACAGGAAACAAACAGGACGAGGAGCAGGAGAGGCAAAAAAGACUCUUUGGAGCAAAAGGCUGAGGAAUUUACCGAAGAUGGGAGCAACCUGAAACUAAUUCCUUCUAAGUUGAGGUCAGACACAGAAGUGGAUGAAUCUCUCAAAGAUUCUUUGGGCUCUGUUUGUGUCAAGAACACAUCCCAAGCUACAGAGGACCAGAACAGCCCAGCUGCCAUGUCAGUACCUGCUGCAAACAGUGACAGUCUUGCUCCUGACCAUCAAAAACGGGCAAGAAACCAACAGGGAAUACUUAAAGCAAAGCAAACUGAAAUCCUACAGGAGAAUCCAGCACAAAGAAACAGAGCAGUGUUUAGAAGAGGUAAAAAAGUUAAUUUUGAACUUGGAGAAAGUAGUUUCAAAGAGGUUGAAAUAAAAAGCAGUUUACCAGGGGAUGCUGAAGGAAUGACUGACAACAGUCAACAUGAGAAUUUGGAAAAUCCUUCACGAGUGAGGAGGGGCAGAAGAAAGCAAGUUGAUUCCAUUCCACAAACAGCCAGUCCUACCUUUAUGGAAAAACAAACAUUAACUGCAGAUCACAGUGAAGAUGAGGCUUUUGUGAAGGAGCAAGAUGCAGUUCUGGAAGGUGCUCCCUGUUCAGUAGAAGCCAAUCCACCGAGACGAGGGAGAAGGCGAGAGGUUAGUGCGGCAUCACAGACAUCGAGAUCUCCUUCUGUCAGAACGAGACGUGGGUGGCUGGAAGGAGGUGAUAAAAAGAUGACUGUGAGGGAAGAUGAAAAUCCAGCUUUGGGAAAUAAAACUUCUCAGGUAAAAGCAAAUGCAUCAGCAAGGGACAGAAGGAAGAAGAUUGAUCUUGCAGCAGAGGCAAAAAGUUCAGCUCCUCUCCAGAGAAAAUGUGGCUUGUCAGAGACUGAUGCUAAAGAUGGGGGAGCUAAUGAAGAACAAAGUGUGCCUUUGGAAACAGUGUCCUGUGCAGAAGAGAAGCCAUUAGGAAGAGGCAGAAGGAAAGAAACUGCACUGGCAUCACACACAACAAAUUCCAUUCCUCUUAGAGGGAAACGUGGUUUGCCAGUGGAUAAUGGUAGGGAAGACAUGCCCAAAAAAGAGCAAAACAUUCCCUUAAAACCUGGUGAUUCAUCUGUAAAAGAAAAUCAACUGAGAAAAAGCAGGAGGAAAGAAAUUGCCCUCAAAGAAGCCACAAGCCCUAAUCAGGGGGAACAGGUCCCAUCAAAACAAAGUGGUAGAAAGAAUGACUAUAGGGAAGCAAAAAAAGUGAGUUUGGAGAAUUCUUCCCAAGAAAACAGGGGUCUUUCAAAAGAGAACUCGAGGCAAACAAGCACUUCAGUGGCUGGUAUUUACACCUCACUUCAAGGUUUGCCAGAAGAUGGUAAGGAUGGAGCUCCUGAGGAACAGCAGAGUAAACUUUUAGAAGGAGCUCCACCUGCAAAAGAAAAUCUAUCAAGAGUGAGCAGAAAGAAAACAACUUCUUCCACAUCUGAAGAAACUCCUUAUACUUCUCUCAGGGAAAAACCUAACCUGCCCAAAGGUAGAGGGCAAAAGAGGAUUCUUAAAGAAGCUGAAGCUACACCUCCAGAAAAUAAUUUGUGCCGGGGAAGAACAAGGCAAGUGAGGAAUAACAGGAGGGAGGUACAAUUCACAUCAGAGGCAGCUAUUUCUACUUCUCUCCAUGAAAACAGUGAGUUGCCUGAAAAUGGAAAUGCUCUGGAAACUGAGAAUUUGUGUGUGACAUCCACUGGUUGUGAGGGCAGGAAUCAGUCUGGAAAAGGAAAGGAGGGAAACCCUGUGCCACAGGCAACGUCCACUUCUCGCAGAAGGAAGUGUCAGCUGCCAGCAGAUGACUCGGCACCCAAAAAACUAAAAUCAGGGAAUGAUGAAACCGGAUCGCUGGGAAAAGGAAAAAGGAACAAAACUAAGGAAGAACUUGGGAAAGAGAAUGUGAGGGCAGCUCAGACCUCUGGAGUCAUGGACAGGAAGACAAGAUCCAGCACAAGAACAAGGAAAUAGUUUUAAGAGUCCCAGAACCAGUUUUUUAAAUCAAUUCAGUCAUUCAAAUUCCAGGGAUUUUUUUUUCAAUGUGAAUUGAUUUGCACUCAGAUUUUAAGCUCAGAUUUUGAUAAUUCAGUCAUUCCUUUAUAAAAUGUGUUUCUUACCAUGUUUUUUUAACAGCUUUGUCUAUGUGUGGUGGUUCCUGAACCAGGGGUGCUUGUGCAAAGCUGCAAACAUAAAAAUACAUCUUGUUAGACCAGUAUUUAUCCAAUUUUUCUAUUAAUUAGUACAGCAAUCAGGAAGCCUAAUUACUGCCAGGUGAAGCUAUUUUCUGCUUGAAUUUUCAUAUGCUUAAGUUUUAUUUUUCAUUAGAGCUCUGUAAAUAUUCUUUAAAAAAAACUAUAGCUGUAUUAGAACUACUAUACUGAAAUUUUGAUAAUUUUUUCUUUAAAAAUUAAGUUCUUUUUACUGAAAAGUGGAGAUUUGCAAGUCAUUAAACUUGUAAACAGUUUG